AUGCGUACUUCGCGCCCUUCCAAAGAGACGGCAAGUCUUCUGCAGGCUCUCUCGCCUCCUACGCGACGCCAAACGCGUAGCUCGUCAAGGACAAAUGUCCUUCAGCGCUUUGCCUUCAAUGCUGGCCCAAAUGACCAUGCUGAAACUGGGCCCACGAUUAUGGGAGGACCGUCCCAGCAGAGUGACGGUGACGAUACUUCGUCACUCUCAUCAGUUGAUACUGUGGACAUCGAGGAUAUCUUGGAACCUCCCCUGAAAAAGAGAAAAAGCAACCCGAGCAGCCCGUCCGCCCAAAGAACGACACGAACACCCGGCAAGACUCUCACAAAGCGUGAGGCCGUCGAGGUGGAGUCUGCGAAACCAAAAUCACGUCGUGCACCAGCCCGCAAGAUCAAGGGCGAGGAUGGUUCAAUCAAGAUGGAACCGCCCUCGAACUGGGACACCAUCUACUCCAUGGUCAAGAAAAUGCGGGAGAAUAACCCCACGGCUCCUGUGGAUACCAUGGGCUGUGCGGAACUCUAUUGGCGAUCAUCGUCUCCCAGAGACAAACGAUUUCAGACCCUCAUUGCAUUGAUGUUAUCUUCCCAGACUAAGGACACAGUGACAGCUGUGGCUAUGCAGCGGCUACACACCGAGCUGGGGGACGGAAGAGCUCCUGCGGAAGAUCCAAUAAUCAAGAAAGAAGAGCAAGAAGAUCAUGAUGUCAAGUCAUCACAGCCUUUGAGAGAUAGCACUUUGAACCUCGAGAACAUCCUGGCAGUCUCUCCUGUCAAGCUCAACGAGCUUAUCAGGACAGUUGGCUUCCAUAACAACAAAACCAAAUAUAUCAAGGCAGCGGCUGAGAUACUCCGGGAUCAGUAUAACUCAGAUAUACCCUCGACCGCCGAGGAGCUCAUGAAGCUACCCGGCGUGGGGCCAAAGAUGGCAUAUCUCUGCAUGAGUGCUGCCUGGGGGAAGGACGAAGGAAUUGGAGUUGAUGUGCACGUUCACCGUAUCACAAAUCUUUGGGGUUGGCACAAAACCAAGACACCUGAGGAGACACGCAUGGCAUUAGAGUCCUGGCUCCCUAGGGAUAAAUGGCAUGAAAUCAACAAAUUACUUGUGGGCUUAGGACAGACAGUUUGCCUACCUGUUGGCCGGAGGUGUGGUGAGUGCGACCUUGCUGGGACCAAGUUGUGCAAGAGCGAAGUCAGAGGACUUCUCUCAAAGAAGAAUGCAGGAGUGAAGCUCAAGGAUGAAGUUCUAAAGGAUGAUCACUCAGUGUCUGGAGGGGCAAAGGUCAAGUCUUACACUCCCUGGCCUUCGAGACGCGGAGCUUCCUUCGGCCUGCCGAUCGUCAUGGACGAGUCACUUCUUCAGCGUCAUCGCAAGGGAUCCCUGGUGAAACCGCUCGAUCCUGAUGAAGAGUCCUUCUUUGCGUUAUGCAAGUCGUUGAGCACAGUCAAACCAUCGUCUGAAGGCUCAGACUCUAACUCCAAGGGCGCGGAUGCAGAGAACGACACCACAAGCAUGUCCGCUUCGAAGAAGGCUGGCAAGUCCCUUUGUCAACUUCCAGAAAAUGUCAAGAUUCGGAUUCUGGAAUACAUGGGACUGGUACGGCCUUGUUUGAUUGACAUAACGGCUGAGGCACACAGGGCCAAACAGGCUGCUGACCACACGUGCGACUUGCGUAAUGUUUGGCAUACACGUGGAAAUUGGGCCACCCGCGCUGGUCGACCCUGUGAUCAUCCACGACUGCCGACAGAGGUGCUCAUGGUUUCUCGCGAGUUCCGGGAGGACCUAGGUGCCCUGUUCUGGGCGCACAACCGCUUUAGCUUCGUACUUACCAAUGUGAACGACUGGGAUUGCUUCUUUAAUGCAAUUGAUUGGGCCGCAGAAGACGUGAGAUAUUUGCAUAUCGAAAUGCGUACCUGGGACAAUCGUUUCAUCAAGCCUGGCACCCAGCGCAAUCUUCUGCGGCUGUGGUCUCGUUUCUGCCGUUAUGCCGCUCAGGAUAUGGUCAAUCUCAGAUAUUUCAGUCUCAAGUGCAGAGUCAAGGACAUGCCAGUGGCCCUCAAGAUAAUGUCUGCUAUGGACCCGUUUCCUACCCUCGCUCAUUGUGCUUUUCAUUUCAGUCACGUCCCGGAGGAGGAUAUAUGUCCCGUCGUCAAGAGAAAUGCCCUGAGAUUGACUGGCAAUCUCGGAGAGGGACGUGCCUUUCGGUACUUUGAUCUGCCCAAAGAAGUGCAGCUUAUAGUACUUGAAUUCCUGUUGGUGAACCAGUGGGACCCCUAUCUGGCACCUGAGGGCCGGGAAUCGGGCAUCGUAACUUUCCUAGAUCGCAAGGCUCUACGAGUAAAUGAGGCUCGCCCGCUCACAUGCUGCGGCACCUGCUCUCCGCUCCAGGCAGGGUGCUUCUGUGGUGCUCGUCAGACGGCGUACUCGACCACUUGCUCCUGUUUUUCGUCGCCUGUGAAGUACUUCCUUGUCAGCCGGGCAUUCUAUGAAGAUGCGCGCCGGAUCUUCUUUGCUAUGAAUCGCUUCGCCUUCGUGGAGGAAGACCCCGAUCUCAUGAUGGGUUUCAUGAACGGUAUUCCGACCUCGUCUUUCAUGAUGCUUCGCCAUUUGGUUUUCAAAUUCCCGCCGAUGCAUCGACACCCCGCAAAGCCUAGCCACAAGCCGCACGAAGACUCUGCCAUGGUGUCUUGGUCAGUGUUACGCCGCUUCAUACGCGAGCAUUUUGAACUUUCGCGCCUCUCUCUCACCAUCGUCGACUUGGGUACCAAAGCAUCUAGUUGGGCAAAUGCCGCCACAUCUCGGAACAAGUACAUGCGGAAGCUGCUCGAGGCUUUUCAGGAUCUGCGAGGGCUUCGGGAGUUUCGUGUGUAUCUCGCAGAUGAUCGAUCCUUUGAGCUGGUUGCGGAGCGACUUGUUCUGGGGCGUGAGGCUACCAAAAGGCCUUUGGACUUCACAUUUCCAUUCGUCGAGAAUGAACCUUAG